AUAACUGAGGAGAUACUGGUUUAUAAGAAUCUUUAUCUAUGAAAUCCGAGUUACUAUGGCGAGACCACAUUUAUCAAAUACCUUGGUCUUUUUACUUUUAUUUUCGUAGGUUUCCUUUCUUAUCGUCUCUACCUUUAUCUUUUCGCUCUCUUACCAUUCUCCAUAUUCAACCAUUAAUUGGUCUCCCAUUAUAGUAUUCCUCAUAUAAGUCAAGCAUCAAAACCUACAAAAACUAUCACAGUCAACCCAUGCACCUUCACCCCCACAAUUCCUACAGUCGUCUCUCCCUCUUCACCUUGCCCGACCGUCACUAUCUCCACUUCCCAUACCUCCUGCCCACCAGUACGUUCAUCUCCUACCACUCAAUUCAUCCAAAUAAAUGUUCAUAACCCUUCUCCUUAAAACUCUCCUACUCACAAAACCCAUCUCCAGACAAACCCCACCUCGUGCUCUCAAAACUUCUGCAUUUCCGACGCGUUCAUAUCAGUCCCCUGCACCUGUCCCUAUUCCGUUCCCACUACUACUGUCUACACCCCAUGCCCCUCCGCUUGUUCUCAAACCUGCUUUAUUGGCCACCAAAUCUAUCGUGAAACUUCUUGUUCCACUCCUAUCGACACCUACACCUACACCACUCCCACCACCAGCACCAGUACCACAACAUCAAACAACCUCGUAACAUGUUCCUGUCCCUAUUAUCCCCCUUAUCCAACAAAUUGCAUAUUCCCAUGUCCGGAACACACACCCAGCACCACCACAACUUCAAAUCCAACAACCACAAGCACCACAAAUCCCACAACAUCAAACAACCUCGUAACAUGUUCUUGUCCCUAUUAUCCCCCCUACCCAACAAAUUGCAUAUUUCCAUGCCCGGUACAUACACCUACGACUGUUAUUACGGUCCCGACAACCAUUACAUCGAUAUCGACGCCAAGUUGUGAUAGUAUUACAGUUACGACGGGGAAAUCGUGUCCGUUGAUCAUAGGGGGUCCUUGUGAAAGUACGAGUUUUGAUGUGAGUUUUUCUUUUUUUUUUUUGUUCUUUUUAUUCAUUGUUUCAGCUCAAUUUAUCUCAUCUCUCCGUUUUCCGUUAUUUCCAUCUUUCAAAUUUCCUAACUUUCUUAUUUCCCAUAACCCAUUUUCUCUUCCCUUCCCUUCCCCCUCAUUAACAAACCACCCCACCUCAACACAAACAAAACCGCUAAAACCCUUUCCAUACCCCAUCCCCUCUCCAUCUCCCCCGACACCACUCUCCCCCUUCCCUCCCUCCCCAAUUUCUCUUCUCUUAUAAAACUCAAACCAAACCAAAACCACAAAAAAAAUCAAAUCUAACCACCUCCCUCCACUUCACCCAAAAAAUAGUGUACCUACCUCUCCACCGUAACCAUAAAAUGCGGUUGUGGCGGUUCGAUAGGAACAGUUACGAGUUGUAAAAUGAAUUGUGAUGGUAAUGGUAAUGGUGAUGGUAAUGGUGCGUGUGCUACGAUGUGGAGGACGAUGGCGUUGCCUUGUCCAAUGACGGGUUUACCUGGGGGUGG